GAAGUUAAUUUUCUAGUGUGCUGUGUGCUCAUGACUGUUCAUUCUGCAACUUGUGACACCAUUACUUGGGCGGAAUCUUGUUCGGCCAACAGUUUUCCGUAUUUACGGUAAAAUGUAUCUGUUAUGCCCGCCCUCUAGCCCCUAUGUAUUCGUCCCGUUGCUUUGCGCCGACCGAGUUUGACCGAGAAACCAGAAGAAGAACCAGAAGAAGAAGAAGAAGAAGAAGAGGAGACUGGGAUAAAAUAAAUACGUUGGGAAGAGACCGAGAAUACGAGACGGAUAUUAUCUGAAGUGUGGUGACAACAGCCCCACUUCAAACAAGCAUACAGUAUUGACUACACCCGACACAGUACCUUUUGCCUUGUCCAUCCUCUUUCUUGGCCUUGUGGUUUGGCAAACUUAAUCUGCUCCACCCAUGAGCCCCUGCAACUAGGGCUCAGCCUUUGACCUUGGCCUGACCUCUCACCUCUUCUCCAAAGCCACGCCCCUUGGUGAAGAGUGUAUGGAACAGUGUGAGAGCGCUGCUGCUCUCCUGGAGUCGGUGAGGGAGCAGGAGGUGCAGUUUGAACAGCUGACCAGAGCGCUGGAGGAGGAGAGGAGGAGAGUGGGCCUGCUCAGCCCCCCGUCCGGCCCCCUCCCCCACACACAGAACGGGCGUCUGGGGGAUGCAGACAUAGAACGACUGAAACUGAGCGAGGGAUACAUUAACGGGACACAGUACAGGAUGGUGGACCCAGCGCAUGGCGCUCUAGACGAGAGCUACACACCAGAAUGUGAUUCCCAGGAGGUACAUUCCGCCUUCUCAGACGAUGGAACCAAUGGACGGCGGGCAGGGAACGCGAUGGUGAUCACCUCACGUACUGUCCUGCCCUCUGAUUCGAUGUCCAUUGACGGGGGAGUGUCUGUCUCGGGCAUGGGCGGUUACAGUGCCACUCUGGACCGUUCCUACAGGCAGGGUGGAGGGGGAGACUACCCCACAGUCCCCAGGAACUACCACUACGGUCCCGCGGGGGGUUACGACGACUACAGGAGCGCCCCGCCUUCUGAGGCCUACGCUAGCCUGAGCAGAGGCACAUGCAUGGACGACCGCUACAGACCUGCGGAUGGGUACAGGACCCUUGACUCUGGGUACCGUGCCCCCAGUAGACAGCAGCUGGACCCCUACGCAGCCCAGCCCCAGGUGGGGCGAGGGGUGAUGGGCAUGGGAAGUGCCCUGGAGCUGGCGGGCAUGCGCUACGCCCACCAGGGCCACUAUGGCAUGGAGGAUGACCAGAGGAGUCUGGGAUAUGAUGAUGUGGAGUACAGUAUGGCUCCUCCCACCAUGCAUCCAGGAUAUGGGACGAUGCCGCGACUAGGCCCAGGCCCAGGAGGACUGGACAGACGCAGGCUCAGGAGUUGUGAGGACACUUUGGAAGGGGACAUGGGAGGAGUCGACACCUACACCUGGGGCGUCAACAUGGAGAGAGGAAGUAUGGCGUCAUUGGACAGCACCCUGAGGAAGGGUCCGCCCACUUCCUGGAGACAGCCGGAGCUUCCUGAGGUCAUCGCCAUGUUGAACUACAGGCUGGACCCGGUCAAAACCAACGCUGCUGCCUUCCUCCAGCACCUCACCUUCAAGAACGACAAGGUGAAAUCGGAGGUGCGUCGUUUAAAGGGGAUCCCUUCUCUGGUCUCGUUGCUGGACAACCCCAAGAGGGAUGUACACCACUCGGCCUGCGGGGCGCUCAAGAACAUCUCGUACGGACCAGACCACGACAACAAGAUCGCCAUCAAGAACUGUGACGGCAUCCCAGCCUUAGUCCGGCUACUGAGGAAGGCCAGAGACCAAGACCUCACCGACACCAUUACAGGCACUUUGUGGAACCUAUCGUCUCACGACUCGGUGAAGAUGGAGAUCGUGGACCACGCGUUACACGCCCUCUCAGACGAGGUGAUGGUGCCGCACUCUGGCUGGGAGAGGGGGAUUGACGGAGGGGAGGAGAGCCUCAAACCACGCCACCUGGAGUGGGAGACGGCCCUCACCAACACAGCUGGCUGUCUGAGAAACGUGAGCUCAGAACGUAGUGAGGCCAGGCGGAAGCUGAGAGAGUGUGCGGGAUUGGUGGACUCGCUGAUGUACAUUGUCCAAUCACAGAUCAACCGUAAAGAUGUGGACAACAAGUUGGUGGAGAACAGUGUUUGUCUGCUGAGGAAUCUGUCCUAUCAGGUUCACCGAGAGGUUCCCGGCUGCGAGCGCUACCAGGAGGCCGCACCCCUAAACCAGGGCCCCGCCCCCGGCUCCAACAAGGCCGGCUGCUUCGGCUCACGGAAGGGCAAAGAUGAGUGGUUUUCCAAAGGUAAGAAGGAUGCGGAUGACGGGAGUGUGGACCAGGUUGAUAUUCCAAAGAGGACGAUGCCUGCCAAAGGUAAGUCAAAACGCCAUACGAAAACGCAGUGGACACAGAACCAGUUACUGAAAUCCCUCUUCCUACCAGGCUAUGAGCUGCUGUUCCAGCCAGAGGUGGUGCGUGUGUACACGUCGCUGCUGAGAGAGAGCCAGAACCCCUCAGUGCUGGAAGCCGCAGCCGGGGCUGUACAGAACCUGUGUGCCGGACGCUGGACUUAUGGUCGCUAUAUCCGGGCCACGGUGCGUCUGGAGAAGGGCCUGCCCAUGAUGGCAGAGCUGCUGGCUCAUGGGAACGACCGCGUGGUCAGAGCCAUGUCGGGAGCCCUGAGGAACCUGGCCAUCGACAACCGCAACCGCGAGCUGCUCGGUAAGCACGCUGUGCCCCACCUGGUGGCAGACCUGCCGGGUGGCCAGAGCCAGUCGGCACGACCUCUGUCUGAGGAGACAGUGGUGUCUGUACUGAGCACGCUCACUGAGGUGCUGGGCAACAGCCUGGAGGCCGCCAAGACCCUCAGGGCCUCCCAAGGCAUCGAGAGACUGGUACUCAUCAACAAGGAUGGUAAGCGGUCUGAGCGGGAGGUGCGCGGGGCAGGCCAGGUGUUACAGCUGGUCUGGGGGCACAAGGAUCUGCGGCGCCCCCUGGAGAAGGACGGCUGGAAGAAGACCGACUUCAUGGUGAACCUCAACCCCCCCGCCAACGGCCCCUCUACACGCACCAAUGGGACCUACGAGGACACUACUAUGCCACUGCUAGAAAGAGGGGAGAAGAGGGACAUGAUUCCACUGGAUGACCUAGGGCCUGAAGCCUACUCUACACUGGACCAGAGGGAGAGGAGACACACUCUGGACAACUCCCUCAACGCCACAGACACUUUACAGCGUGGGGUGUAUGGAGGCAGAAAGGGUUCACUGCCUCUGUUGGACUCCUACGAUGGUUAGCCCCCCUCUCCCUCUCUGCAUGUAACAGCAUGAAAAACUGAUCGUGUGCAUCACCCAGAGUGAGCUGCCCCUGCCCUACCACUGCUACUGAGGAGAGACCCACAGACUUGCUCUCAUCCCCCUCUUUCGCUCCUUCAUCACAAGUCUGUGGUUCUGAAGAUGAGGGUUGGCAUCCAAAGAAAGCAGUUGUGUUGCAAUCAGAAAUCUGACAACACACACACACACACACACAGAUCAUAGUAGCAUCAGAAAUAUAUUAUCUCUUAAGUUUUAUUGAUAUUCCCUUUAUUGAUAUUCCCUUUUUCAAGGCAAUCAUCUUUGUUUGACAAUCAUUGUUUAUUUCUGUUUCUGUGGUUACUUGCAUCCAACAUUUGGCUCAGUGAGCGUUCCCUGUCGUUUGUUAGAUUUAUCGUCCUCAUACUCAUCCAUGCGUUUUGUCGUUGUCGUGAAUCAGAUUGCUGCCAUCACCUGCAUCCUAAGAUGAAUUUAUUUUUGAAUAUCUGUAGGGUAUGUGUAUAUAAAAAGAGGACAUGUUUGAUUGGUAAGAGGAGGUGUCUGCUUUCAAGGUUGAUUUUAAUUUAAAUUGUGCCCAGAUUGGGAUUGGAAGGUGACUGGUGGACCAAUGGGGCUUGGCCCUCAUAGAUUCAGAAUGUUUGUAUAGGAGUUAUUUUAAUCUCUUCUAGUUAUCUUCGUCUGGUUGGUUUUGGGUUAGUUGGGAGAGUUUAAGGCCUGUGUGUGUGUGUGAGUGCCAUACAGGAGAUCUGUGUGAGAUGGAUGUGUGUGUGAGAGCUUCGUUAACGAACAAAACCCAUAUGACCGUUUAUUUUAAAGGAUUUCACUUUGUGCUCUCAUGCGUUUUUCUACUCCUGUGGCAAAUAUUUAUUUUAUUUGUCUGUUCUUUUCAAUUGUGGCUUUUUCCAGAUUUACCAACUGCAUCUUUUGUCGAGUGAUAACCUUUUUUUUUAACGUGUCUGUUUCCCCUAAUGUAAAGAUAUGACCGUUAGACUGCUGUCUUACCCUCCUGAUAUGUUAACUAUGGCUGUGGAUUUAGCUUCUGCUGUGCAGGUAGCUGGAAUACUACAGUUCUCACACUGUUAAAAAGCACCACAGCUCUUAGUCCUACAUUGCCCAUACACUAGAUAACGUCCCAACACUAAACUACAACACUAGGAACUCAUUCCCCACACUACUAUACAGAACCCCACUACAGACCUGGGGCCUAUUCAAUAGGAUGGGUUGUUAGAAAUGUAUUGCAUAGAACUCACAAGAUUCUUUAUUCUGCAUGUUAGACAUUAUUAGUGUCUGUUUUAAUAAAAGACAGUUCUCUGCAAUGCUCUGAACCACCUAUAACGCUAAUCGCACUGCAGUUCAGUCGGUACUUACUGUUACACCGGACAGAGCAAUGUGCCGCUGAUAUGGACCACGAGCAGUGGUUGAAAAGGAGAAUGAGGUUGGUCUUCUCUAUAAAUGACACUUGUAGUUAUGUAUUGAGAGAAUUGGUUUCCUCAGAGGUGACUCGAGUGUAGACACAGCGGGACCAGGCUAAGGGGAAAACACUAAAAGCACAUUUUGGUAUAAGAUCUGUUCUUCCUGCUUUGACUUCAUUUUGUGCCCGCUUUUUAAUAUUUUGUUUUCUGAUUUGGGAAUGGUUGUUGGGAGUGGUGGGUGAAGCAUAUGCAACCUGUUAUUCUUUUUAUUCUGCUUUUACCACUUUCUUUGAAUGGCAAGAGACCAAUUCCACAUGGAUAAUUUCUCGUUAUUAUUGCCUAUUCAUGUACAAUGAUGAUGAACAUACCUGCCUUGGCUCUGAAAAGUUUCUUUUUCACUAAGAAUAUGUAACUGGCAAUACUGUUUUAUAAAAUAAAGAUCUUUUCUCAGACCAGA